AUGGGCACCACAGAGGCAACUCUACGAAUGGAGAACAUGGAAGUGAAAGACGAGUGGCAGGAUGAAGACUUCCCCAGACCACUACCAGAGUACGGAGACAUGGAUUCCUCCUGUGGCCUCACAGACGACAGAGCCUCUCCCCCAAACUCCCUGAAUGUGAGCCCACCUGGGGGCGGGGGUGUGUCCUCGUCGCACCGUAAACGCCGUACGCUGGUUGCCCCGGAGAUGAACCUUUCACUGGACCAAAGUGAGGGUUCUUUGCUGUCAGAUGACUUCCUGGAUACGCCGGACGACCUGGACAUCAAUGUGGAUGACAUCGAUACACCUGAUGAGACAGACUCGCUGGAGUUCAUCACCAAUGGCAACGAGCUGGAGUGGGAAGAUGACACACCGGUGGCCUCAGCCAAAGCAGGUCCUAGUGACGGUUCAGGAGAUGCGGACAAGGAGGGCAAUGCCAACAAUGGGCACCUCUGGAGGACAGUGAUCAUUGGAGAACAGGAGCAUCGUAUUGACAUGCAGGUCAUCAGACCCUACCUUCGGGUCAUCACACACGGAGGUUAUUAUGGCGAGGGCCUUAACGCCAUCAUUGUUUUCUCUGCCUGUUACCUGCCUGACAGCAGCUCUCCAGAUUACCACUACAUCAUGGAAAACCUCUUCCUGUAUGUGGUGAGCAGUCUGGAGAUGCUCGUGGCUGAAGAUUACCUGAUCAUCUACAUGAACGGAGCCACUCCUCGGAAUAAGAUGCCUGGGAUCAGCUGGCUCAAGAAAUGUUACCAAAUGAUUGACAGAAGAUUGAGGAAGAACCUGAAGUCUUUGGUGAUCGCUCAUCCCACGUGGUUCAUACGCACGGUCCUGGCUAUAUCCAGGCCCUUCAUCAGUGUAAAGUUCAUGAACAAGAUCCAGUACGUCCACAGCCUGGAUGAGCUGGCGCAGAUCGUCCCCAUGGAGCACGUCCACGUUCCGGAGUGUGUGGUGCAGUUUGAUGAGGAGAGGCUUAAAGCACGGCGGGAAAGGAUGGAGCAGGAGCACAGGCAGCAGGAGCAGCAGCAGUCAGUCCCACAGGAGGCAAUUAAAAAGUCUGAGAGGCCGAAGUCAAUGAUUGUGGAUCAAGGAUUAUGAGAAGGGCAGAGCUCUGCAGGUGAAGGACGUGCGACAGACA